AAAAAAUAAGAAGAAGAAGAAAAACAUCGAAUGGCAACCCCGCCUAAUGGUAAUGAUUAUUUUGACAAGACGAAAGACUUUGUGGUUCUUAUUUUCCCUGUUCUAAUUUUUCUAUGCAGUAUUUUGGUAAAACAAUGAAAUGAAAAAUGAUGGGAGAUCAGUUUCGUAAAGUCGAACAAUAUUCUCCCAAAUCAUCGCCAAGAGGGGGUAGGUCCCCUGUAGUUUCACGUCAGGAUUCAUCAGGAACAUUAAAAACGACAAUUUUGCUAGGAAAGAAUCCAUCAAUAGUCCCUAGUGGACCUUUUUAUUUGAUGAAAGAACCACCUGGAGAAUCAGAAUUAACUGGGGCUACCAAUUUGAUGACAUACUAUGGCUUAGAACAUUCAUAUAGCAAGUUUAGUGGAAAAAAACUGAAAGAACAAUUGUCUUCUUUUUUACCUACCUUACCUGGCGUUAUCGAUUCCCCAGGUCAGCAAGACAACAGUUCGCUAAGAUCUGUUAUAGAAAAACCCCCUAUUGGAGGAAAGGAAUUGCUACCUUUGUCAAAUGUUCAAUUAGAUGGCUUUAGGUUACAUCCAGGUCCCCUGCCAGAACAAUAUCGUUAUGCAAAUGCAACUCCAAUUAAAAAACAUAAGAACAAGCAUAAAAAGCACAAACAUAAAGAAAGUGGAUUACCCAGUCAAGAAACUACUGUAUCUGACACAAACAGUGAAACACAUGAAAAGAAACACAAGAAACAGAAAAGACAUGACGAAGAAAAGAGAAAAAGAAAAAAGGAAAAGAAGCGUAAGAAACAAAAGCACAGCCCUGAGCAUAGUGCUGGCUUAACUCCUGGCCAGCAUUCCAGCUGAAAAACUUGAUGAUAUAUCAAAUACCAUAUGCAGUUUAAUCUAUUUUAUUCUAUAUUUUUAAUUUAAAGAUUUCCGUGUCUAUAUCAUGAAAUGUAUUUAUGGUUUUUGUCUAAAAUAUAUCUUGUUAUUUUUUUGUAUCA